GUGACACUUGAAUAACAAGGAGUUGUUUUGUUCUUGACUGGCAGGUGAAAAAAGCUCGACCUGAUUCCAAUGUUUCAGAUCCUCCAAGUUCCAGGUCUAUGGAAAUGCAGGAUCUAGCAAGUCCACACGGUCGUGUAAGUGGAAGCAGUGAAUCUCCCAAUGGUCCAAAACUUGACAAUUGUAUCAAUAAUAAUUCCAUGACACAAAAUGGCACAGAAGGUGACAACAUGACUAUGCUCAGCUCAGCCGACUGGUUGCUAAGUUCUAGUACACAGACCACUGCAGUCAAAACAGAACCAAUGAGCAACAGUGAUAUUUCAACAACGUCAGCAGAUGGGUCUUUAGACAAUUUCUCAGGAGCAGCAAUUGGUAGUGGCUUUAACCCAAGACAAACUCAUCACUUCUCUCCACAGAUUUAUCCUUCCAACAGGUCAUAUCCACACAUUCUUCCUACACCUUCUUCACAAACCAUGGCAUCAUAUGGACAGUCACCAUAUGCCACAGGAAUGCAGCAAGCGUCAAUUUAUGCAACUUAUCCACAGCCAGGCCAGCAUUAUGGAAUCCCAUCCUAUGGCAUCAAGACUGAAGGUGGAUUGACUCAAUCGCAGUCACCUGGCCAAACGGGAUUUCUGAGUUAUGGUUCAAGUUUUAGUGCACCUCAACCAGGCCAAGCCCCUUACAGUUACCAAAUGCAAGGGGGAUGUUUUACAUCAGCAUCAGGAAUUUACACCGGAAGCAAUUCACUUACAAAUUCUACAGGCUUUAAUAGUUCACAUCAGGAAUAUUCUUAUGCAGGCUUUGGCCAGGGACAAUAUGCACAGUAUUAUAACAAUUCUCCAUACCCUUCCCCUUAUAUGACAAGCAACAACAGCAGCCCAACAACUCCUUCGACCACCGCAACAUACCAGCUGCAAGAUAUACCAACUGUCACUAGCCAAGCUGUUACAGAUUCUGCUACAGGAGAGUUUGGUACAAUCCACAGUCCAUCAACACCCAUUAAAGAUUCAGAAUCAGAUCGAUUGCGUAGAGCUUCAGAUGGAAAGUCACGUGGCAGAGGCAGAAGAAAUAAUAACCCCUCGCCUCCCCCAGACACUGACCUUGAGCGAGUGUUCAUAUGGGACCUGGAUGAAACAAUCAUUGUUUUUCACUCCUUGCUCACAGGGUCCUAUGCCAAUAGAUAUGGAAGGGAUCCACCUACAUCAGUGUCACUUGGGCUACGAAUGGAAGAAAUGAUCUUCAACUUGGCUGAUACACAUCUGUUUUUUAACGAUUUAGAAGAAUGUGAUCAAGUUCACAUUGAUGAUGUAUCAUCAGAUGAUAAUGGGCAGGAUUUGAGCACUUAUAACUUUGCAACAGAUGGCUUUCAUGCUGCAGCAACUAGUGCAAAUCUUUGCCUAGCAACUGGUGUGCGUGGUGGGGUUGAUUGGAUGCGGAAGUUAGCUUUUCGCUAUCGAAGAGUGAAAGAAAUAUAUAACACCUACAAAAAUAAUGUUGGAGGUCUCCUUGGUCCAACUAAAAGGGAAUCAUGGUUGCAGUUGCGAGCAGAAAUUGAGGCUUUAACAGAUUCAUGGUUAACACUUGCACUGAAAGUGCUCACACUCAUUCAUUCAAGGUCAAAUUGUAUAAAUAUUUUAGUAACAACGACACAAUUGAUACCUGCUCUUGCCAAAGUCUUGCUGUAUGGAUUAGGAAUUGUUUUUCCAAUUGAAAACGUGUACAGUGCAACAAAAAUAGGAAAGGAAAGCUGCUUUGAACGAAUAAUUCAAAGGUUUGGCAGAAAAGUAGUGUAUGUUGUUGUGGGAGACGGUGUAGAAGAAGAACAGGCAUCUAAAAAGCACACCAUGCCAUUCUGGAGGAUCUCAAGCCACUCUGACCUUAUGGCCCUACAUCAUGCCCUGGAGUUGGAGUACUUGUAGCAGUACUUUGAAAUGUAGGAUCUCCACCCUCACUAUUUGUGGACUACAAUAUUUCUGUGUCUUGUGGCAGCUUCUGACUCCAAACUGUGUGAUGUGUACCAAGUGUUGACAUACAGCUGCAAUUUGCCUUAACCCUUGACCAAUCUUCAGUGGAGGCGAAUGAAUCUCUGGCAAAGCUGCUGAUGGCUUGAAAGACUGUGAAGAUUGUACAGUGAAAAGCCAUCAUAAUGUUUAACAGCCCUGUUACUUCUAAAUUGCUACAAGAGUUCAAACCUGUGAAGAAAAUGGAUCCGAGGAGAUGCUUAACUCUUACUAAGCUGACCAAACAGGCUUUAGAUGGUCCUCAGAAUAAGUGCUAUGGAUAGUGCUUUAAGCAUUAACAGUCUAAGGCUUCUGUUUUAAAAAAACAUUUUUGCCAUAAUGAAUUUAAAACUUACACUGAAAGCUGAGUUGGACAAAUGCUAACAACAUAUUUUACUUGUGGAGAAGGUUUGCUUCCAUGAUCAUUGAUAUCCAGGGUACUCUGUUAUUAUUUAUGAACUGAUUGUUUUAUGUUAACAUCAUUUAUGAAGGUACUUAAAUUAGAUUUUUGCCAUUAGACACAAGAAGCACAUUUGAUUCUGUCAUGUCACAAAGUAGUUUACAGAAAAUAUGGUUUUCUUAUAAUUUAAGAUAACUAUUGAGUUUGCUAAGACAAUCAUGUACAGUAAAAUGUCAUUUUGUGUAAAUGUGUAAUCAGGCAAUUAUUUUACAUAUUGUUAAGGCAAAUGCAAAUGAAAGGUAGCAAUGCCUUGUUUGUGAAGUAUAAGUGUAGCAAGGCAUUGUGCGCUCAUAAAACAGUGCUGCGUCUUAUCAAAGUGUUGGUGUGUUAAAGUGGAACUUUUUGUUGGGUAAAUAUGUAGAUAAUAGAAUUAUUGUGAUUAUUUUGUUAAGACCAAAAACUUGGAUGUCAAGUGUCAAGAUUUAUCUCCUUUUUUCACUAGCUUUCUCAUUUCGCCAAAUUAAUUUCAUCCAUCUUUUCUGCAAACAACUGCACGGAAUACUCUACUUGGAUAAAGUAGAAAAUAAUUCUUUACUGUCUACAUACACAAAUAAUGUGGAUGGUACAGUAUAUAUUUUUAUUAUGAAAGCUGUUUUCUUUUAUUACCAAUGAGAAUAAGGAUUACUUUACUGUAAACUUACACCUUGUAGUGUCUACAUUCUUUUAUAUGAAAAUACAUUAGGAAAGUAAAAUUUAGAAUUUUUGGAGCAGGAGCUGUUAGAACAUUUUGGAAUUUUUCAUGUACAAUUAGAUAUGAUCCAUUUUGGUACUGUCCAUUUUUCAUCCAAAAUGUUAAUAUUGUUAACAUAUUUAGCUGUUGAUUGAAACUUUUGAUAGGCCUUGAAUCUUGUAAAGCUUCAGGACUUCUUACUGCAGAAGACUACAAGCUUGGCCUGUUUACUGUAAAUGAAAUUCUAACCCUAGUCCCUGACACUUUGCCUUUCCCUGCUACGUAGUCACUGUAAAAGGGAUUUCAGUUCUGAUGCUUUACACCUCAUGUACUUAAUAGGCUUAUUUCUUUAUAAAGUCCCACACAGCUAUCCAUUGCAGCAAUUGCAAGAAAUUGUUUAUUAGUACGAAAAAUCUACCUCUUCAUGAGGGGAUUUGUUAAAUGGGUACUGCUGCUAGAUCAAGAUCACAGUGAGCUAUUUAACUAUUUGGUAACUGAAUGUUUGCAGAUAAAGAUCUAGAAUAAAUAACUGUGGUUUAUGAUUUUGCUUUUUUCAAUCAGAAUGACUGGAAAUCAAAAGAUCACCUGGACCUCACUGUAAGAAAAAAAAGUGUGUUGUGUCUACAAAACACAUGUACAGACCUUUCUCAUGAAUUGUGUGUUUAAAUUAAUAAAAAUCAAUUUGUGAAAUGAUGGUACUUGUGCUUUUCAGGUCAGCCUUUAACGGCUGAACCAUAAACCUCAUCUGAUAACACUGCUAACUCAUAAAUUAUAAAACUGGUCUUUUGUAUUUGUAUAUGAGGCAUUUUGCAAAUAUUUUCUGAUAAUAUUCCAAUGUAUAUAGCAUGAUU